AUGGCCGAAGGUUUUGGCUCUGACCAGAGCCUGCUGAAGCUGCGUUGGGAUCUUAGGGACAGGCUUAUGCGAGAAUUGAGACCGGAUCUCGAUAAACAACGUCAACGGUUCAUACCUCGAGACGCUUUGUUUCGCAUCAUUGAGCGCCGAAAUGUUCUGAAGAUCUUGAAAGCGAGUUCGAGUCAGACAGAUGACAACGCCACAAACGAAGAAAUUGCGCAACGUCUCUGUCCGAAAGAAAAUGUGUUCCUGGGACCUGCCUUACAUCCGGUGUGUGACAGCACCUGGUAUGCCCAACGCAAUCUCGCCCAAGGCAGUUCGACAGUCCUUGGUCUCACGGAAGCUGAAGCCAGAUUAUUCGAUUUCUGGCAGUGGAUAGUCUUCACGCCCUUCAUAGAGAGGCUGAGUGCAGAUGUCCCAAAGUUCCACGAUGAGGUCUCUCUUCCUUGGUGCGAGCUUACUAGUACGCACGACAUAGCCGAAAGCACCGACGAUGAUAUCGAAGGGCAGGUCACUGUGGUGCAAAAAGCGCGCAUCUACACCAAUAACCACAAUUUGACAGAGAAAGACGAUGAUUAUGUCGUUGUAAAACUUUUCAACGACUUAAGCAUAUCAGAAGCAAGAAAAGAGAUGUUCGAACGAGAAGUCCAGGCAAAUCGGAACACACCCCAGCACGACAGAAUUGUGCCACUCUUAGCAGCUUUCGAACAUUGCCAAAUACCCUAUCUCUUGUUUCCAUGGGCACAAGAAGGCAAUCUCCAAGAGCUAUGGAAGAAAUACGAACUCGGGGGUGUCCAGCCUUCUUCACGACCUCCUGAAUAUGACUGGUACUCGGACAACUGGCUCUUUGACGAGUGUUUCCAAGUCGCCGAGGCUCUUGCAACCUUUCAAGGGUUCAGAGACGGUGGACGGAGCGGGUCUGCACCUCAGAUUCACAUGGAUAUCAAACCUGAGAACAUUCUGUGCUUCGAAUCCGUUGCUGACGGGAAGAAGCACUUCAUUCUGAAACUUUCAGACCUCGGAGAAGCUCGUCAAGCCGGAACUGGCGAGAGCAUUGACUCAGGAUUUAUUCCACAUGUCAAGACCCAAAGACCACCAGAAAGCGAGGCAAUUUCGUUCAAAUACGACGUAUGGUGUCUGGGCUGCGUCUUCCUCGAAUUUGUUACUUGGGCGCUUUGUGGUUGGCAUGGCUGCAUUGACUUCCGAGAAGAACGGUUUAAAGAACAAGACGCGCCAGAAACCACCGAUUUAUCCACCGGUAGCAGAUUUGAGGACGACAUAUUCUUCAAGAAAGUCAAAGGAAAACGGAAACUAGUCCCCGUUGUAGACUACCAGACCAUUAAGACAUUUACAGCUGGUCGGUCAAGUACCCGACGUUCAUUUCAAAUUGUCUCACGCGUUGAGAUCAUCAUUCAAAUCAAAGACAGUGUUAUUACGAGACUUAUGAAGCUGACAUCAUAA